CGCACCAGUGCCUAUGAGACCCGCAGGGUGCCCGCUGCCUCCAUCGAGCAGCUUGCCGCCUCUACUGCCCUUGGAUAACCUUACGGGAGAACAGGUGUUCUCGGCCCUGAAGAGCUUGUCCACCAUCUACUGCCCGCUUUCGGCUUCUCUUUCCUUCGGGUUGACCACCGAGAGCAAAACCCUGUCGAACAUUACAUCGACGUCGUCGCUGGAUUCUGGCUACGCCUCUGGGACCGACGAUGAAGACGAAGGAAGCCUUGGCGCCCUUCGCGCAGAUGCCUUCGAGCGCACCUUUGCAGAGCGCUGGCUGACAGGCUUCAUCGCGUGCGCGGAAGAUUUGCCAUGCUUUGCCUCUGAAGAAAAGCGGCAGCGCGCACUUGAUCAAGCUUGCUACGUGCUUGAGUCUUUUUUCGCCAGCCCAGCGGACAAUGACCAAGCGGACGAAAAUCAGGAGGGCUACACACGCAAUUUCUCCUUCGAGUUGUCUCUCCCAGCACCGAGCACUAGUAAAACCUCCAUCGAGGUUCGCCUCAACGACGGAUUGGCAGGCUCGAAUUCCUCGGCAGACUAUGAUGACGUUGGCCUGCAAAGCUGGGGUGCGUCCAUCGUGCUGUCCGAGCAACUGUGCGACUCGCCUGCACGGUAUGGCCUCACUCAACUUGCCCUUGGUUCCUCGUCGCGCAUCAUCGAGUUGGGUGCUGGGACGGGACUUGUCAGUCUCGUGCUCGGGACUGUGCUACCUCACCUGGGUCUUGCAGACUCGACAGUAAUCGCAACAGACUACCAUCCAGCCGUGCUUGCAAAUUUGCGCGACAACAUUGCAGCUAACUUUCCGUCCCACGACCCGGCACCGGUGCAGGCCACCCUCCUCGACUGGUCUGCACCCUCACUAGAGCCGCCACUUCACAUCCCGGCGGAUAUGCUGAUUGCGACGGAUGUUGUUUACGCCCCUGAGCACGCCGUAUGGCUGCGCGACUGCGCCAGCCGCCUCCUUGCGCCGGACGGCGUAUUCUGGCUCCUCAUCUCUGUUCGCGAAACUGGUCGAUUUGAUGGGAUUUGUGAAACUGUUGAGGCUGCUAUGACUGCAGAUGACCGUCCCAGAGACAGAGACGGACAUAGACUGACGAUUCUGGAAGCACAGAUGCUGCAGAAGCGUAGUGGGAUUGGGCGUAAUGACGAGACAGGGUACAAGUUAUUCAGGAUCGGGUGGGUGUGA